ACCAACAAUUUUUAUUCUCAGCGUCCUCAUCACGAUUCCAUAAGCACGAUUAUAUUUCAACACGAUCCUGCUGAUGUUCGAGCUCCAAAUGAGGAUUUUCCAGACUCCACGAGGAGCUGCACUCUUCCAAAAAGCAAGCAUAACUGCUCGCACGAACUUUGCCCAAUAGAAACUUUAAAUUCAUGGCCGAAACGUGUACAACAGGCCAAUAGCAAAACAAUGCAUACACGACGAUGAUAAUACACGAGUCGUUAACAAUGGCACACAAUCGGUCAAGUUGAAGUGUCGGCCCUGUUUGUGAUUCACAAAGGGAUAACAGGUCAAGGUUAUCUGUGCCCAAUGGAGAGACGAGACGGGCAUACGACGUAUGACGAACGUGACAGAUCCCAUCAGACAGACCCGGUAUCACCUUGCUGCCUGAUUUCUAUCGCAGACGAUUCACUUUAAAUUGCAGGUUUCGUUAGCAAGCGUAUUGAUUUUUGUUUGGAUUUCUACUCAUUCCCAUUCUACGGUGCAUGUGGGAAAUACUUUAAUUCAAAUAAGCGAACGAGGGAGCGGCUGGGCAAGGUGAAAGGCAAAUAUUCAUCGUCAAAGCCUCGAAAGCUUGGCCCAUCGAACGAGCCAAUCUGCAUAAUGCGGUACGUUUAACUACGAAUUCCCUCUAUUCUCAUCUCAAUCCCUGCUCACCAUUCUCAUUUAAAUAUAGCUCUCCCAAGGGUUCGCUCAGGGAAGACACUAACCAAAGCGAAGAUCUCGGACCUUGAGAAUUUCGCAACGACGAACCAACCGAGAAUAUCAUAUACGGCUCGCAGCUGCGCGCCGUAUAUGAUUUAGAAAGAACCUUAAAACCUGUGAAUUAUCACAUGUGAAUGGGAGCCAUCAUCUCCGCCGAGAAAUAUCUGCGAAGAAGGACUAUAAAAUUCACGAGCAACUUUAUCUUCAUACUUUUCUGUCGUAAAACUUUAUCGUACUAAUUUCGAGAUAUUUCCUCGUAUCUAAACUCGUAGAUGAUUUUCUCAUUUUUUUUCACUCCUACAAAUAACGAAGGGCAGAAAUCGCUAAAAAUCUAUACCAACGAAGAGAAUCUCGGAACUGCACUGACUCACUGUACCCCGGCGUUUUCGGUGACGCUUCCAAGGAUAAUUUUCCAUCGUAAGAUCAUCGUCAGUGAAAGAAUCGAAUCUUCGAUGAUUCGUCUUCGCACAGCGUCUUCCAGGGGCUCUUAGAAACUCCAUUGAAACGUAGCGUUUCGUCCAGGAAGUAAACGAGUAUGAAAACCACAUGAAUAUGCAUGGUUUGUGGAACGAGUCGCGGAAGAUCGUGUUCGGCAUAGUAGGAGGUGUGCUGGCUGCGUAAGGACUCUCGGAGUCAUCCGAUUUCAGGGUCUCCGGCUUGGAGUACGCGCGGAGUACGAAGCUUGGAGAGCGGUCCCCGGCAUAAAGGGUGAAGGCCGAUUUUCUGCGCGUGUAUAUAAUUCAAUCGCGGACGUCGUGUUACAGCUUGGGCAAAUUACACCAAUAAAUAUACGUACGUGCAUUUAUUGUACAUGGUUACAUAGCCGAUGCUCGCCAUUUUCUGCCAGGCCCUGCUGUUUCCACAUGCCCCAAUCACAAACUCGUGGUGCGGCUGCUUAUAAAAGCACCACAUCGGAAACGUUUCUCUCAGUUGGUACACCGGACGAUCGCGAGUCUCGAGCGAUUCUUGCUUACAAAUGAGGCUGCUGCACUUGCAACGUUCUUGAAGAGUAUUCACCGGUCUCUGCUUCCGCAUCAGCUUUUCCGUGUUACAACGUCCAAGUUAUUCGACUCGCGUUCCUCGAUAUCGUUAUCCAAAGGAUCAAAAAUGAAAAUGUUAACGAACGUACGCGAUCAACGGUGCUGAACGAGCGUUAAAAUUCAAACGAAGAAACACACACGGAUCGAAUCGCAGCCGGAGUCUUCGUGGUGCGUGCUUAAUUUUAAAAAAUCGAAUUUCACACUCCGCGAUACUCGAAUUAUCGUACUAAAAUUCAUUACUAUUCGUUGCUCCUGAUCAAUUUUUCCAAGUGACAACGGAGCAAGAAAAAUGGCGCCGGGAUCGUGUGAAGAAGGCGAGGCUAUGCUUGGAUACUCCACAAACAUGGUUAAGGCCGAUCAAAUGAAAGCGGCAUUGGCUUAUAUCGAGGAAAAUAACAACAACAAUAAUGAUAAAUGUAAUAACAAUGACAAAUACGAAAGUAGCGUUAAAACGAAAGAGCCGAUAAUGGGAAGAAACAAUUCGGUUAUCUCGACCCAGUACUCGUCCAACUUCAAAGGUGUUUUCGCGCAGUGUAUGGUAGCCGGUGCCGUUUUGACACUGACAGCAGGAGGUGGCAUGCCGAUCGGUUACAGCGCUGUGUUGCUGCCACAACUCGCCGAGAAAAAUGGCACGCUUCGUAUCAACCGGGAAAUGGGAUCGUGGAUCGCCUCUGUUCAUAGCUUGGCCUCACCGAUCGGCGCACUUUUGUCCGGGCCACUUUUAGAUGCGAUAGGACGACGCGGCUGUCUCAUCCUGGCUUCCGUACCUCUCUCCCUCGGAUGGAUUGUCAUUGGAUUUGCUAAAAAUAUCUCGUGGAUUCUCGUCGGUAGAGUUGUUUCCGGGUUUGCAGUUGGAUUGACCGCUGUUCCUGCCCAGGUCUUAGUGGGCGAAAUGGCUGACCCUGGACUUCGAGGUUUUCUCGUAGGAGGAUCUUUCGCAGCUUACAGUUGCGGGAUUCUUUUGGUCUACGCUCUCGGGGCAACUCUGAGCUGGGAAACGGUCGCUUUUUGCGGCACCAUUCUUCCAGGCUUCGCUCUCGUGGCUCUCUGCCUCGUUUCUGAAAGCCCUGCUUGGCUUGUUCGCCAGAAAAAAAUUCAUUCCGCGAGGAAAGCACUUCUGUGGCUAAGAGGCGGCGAUACGAAGCAGGUCAAUACCGAAAUAUCGAUUUUAGAAGUCCGUGCAAAAGAGGAUUUGGCCCGUUUGUCAAUGUCAACGAGUUUUCGUCAAACGUUGUCCUCAGCGUUCGACAAAGUUGUUCAGCCCGGCGUGCUCAAGCCUCUCGUCAUAAUAAAUAUUUUCAAUCUUUUGCAAAUACUGAGUGGAACGUACGUCAUUGUUUUCUACGGUGUUGAUCUAGUGCGAGAUAUUGGCGGUGGGGAUAUCGACAACUACGUGGCUGCUGUGCUCACCGCUCUUGUCAGAUUCCUUUUUUGCAUCGUAUCUUGCGUGCUUCUAUUGAGAAUGGGCCGACGUACACUGGGCAUACUGUCCGCAACGGGUACUGCACUCGCUUCCCUCGUAUUGGCCGGAUAUACACUUGCCCGAAAAGACAACGAAUCCUACAUCGACAGUUACGUUAUCGGUGUUUGUAUUCUUAUGUACGUGAGCGCCAACACCAUCGGUCUGCUGACUCUUCCGGGUUUAAUAAUGGGCGAGCUUUUGCCUCAACGUGCACGUGGCAUUGGCGGUGGGUGCACUUUUUUCGUCUUCAAUCUCUCCCUCUUUGGCGUAACCAAAGUUUUUCCAAUGAUCAACGAACUCGUGGGAAUGACCGGAAUUUUCACGAUUUUUGGUGCAUCGGCUUUGCUGGAAGCCGUCUUCAUUUACGUCGCGCUUCCAGAAACUAAAGAUCGGACGCUCCAAGAGAUCGAGGAUUAUUUUCAGGAGGGAAAUGUGCUGUGGGUGAUGAGAACGAGAGAACCGAAGGGAAACGAAUCGUUGACAGGGAACAGCGCAUAGUUCGAAUCUCGCUGGUUGAAUCUAAAGAAUUUUACCAAAGUUACCUGAACAUGAUUUUCCAAAAGAAACGUGUGAUUUAUUGUUUGUUUAUGUGGCUGUUGAGUCUUGAGCGUGAUUUAUUUAUUAAUGUUGUAUUGAAGUGAUGAAUUGUAUAUUUUUUACUAAAUAAAGUAAACGCGAUGCACUAAA